AUGUCCAACUCAACCGCCCUCGACUAUCAAGAUUCUCUGAAUUUGACUGUCGGCUGCCUGCUUCUAGUGAUUGGUACUUUCGGCAUUGUUUGCAAUAGUUUAAUUUUGUAUAUAUUUUUCAAUGAGAAAACCGAAAGAACUUCUUUUAAUUUGAUUUGUGUGCUCAGGAGCUUUUCAAAUAUAUAUAUUCUUCUAACAACUUUCAUUGGAAUAUUCUUUCCUAAAACUAUUCUAGGAUAUUUACCAAUUCCUCCAUUUCUUGAAAGUACUAUAAUUCACAUAUCACUUACACUCUAUCUUGGAAACGAAUAUCAAAUUAUUCUUGUGGCAAUAAAUCGUUUCAUUGCACUAUUUUUCCCAAGAUACUAUAACAUGAUUUGCGGAAUUAAAACAACAUUGGGUCUCCUUACAUCUAUUUAUACUUUUCGAAUCAUUGUUGUUAUCUUUGAAACAAUAGAUAAAUUCGAAAAGCAGUGUAAUACGUUUUUCUCGUUAGAAAUGCUUGCUUUUAAGUACGACGAAAAACAUAAAUGCCAAUUUAAAGACAAUAUUCUGACCGUGGUGACGAUUACAUUUUUGAUGAUGACGAUUAUAAAUGGAACAACUCUCAUCAAGAUUAUAACAUUUUACAGGUCAAAUCAAAGCGAAACUCUAGAAUCUAAAUCUCGUAUUCGUCGAAACGUGUUGCUGUUUCUGCAAACAGGACUACAGGACUCACUUUAUCUUAUUGAUCUCCUGUUUAUGAUGAAGUUAAGCCAACUUAGUGAUACUCGUGUCUGGUCCUUUAUCAGUGGAACUUUUGUCUGGCAGUGUCUACAUUCUAUAGAUGGAUUUAUCAUGAUUAUGUUUAAUGAGAGGCUGACACUGCUCAAGAAAAAGUUGUUUCAGAGCACAUUAUCCACACAUCACGUUACUCACAAAUUAACUGUUUCAGUUGUACAAUCAAUGCCAGAUGUCGGUAGCUAG